UUGGCAACGAGAACGCCGAUGGUUAUCAUGAGUUGGAGGACGAUGUUCAGCAUGCCUCGGUGUCGGGCCGGGGCCAUUUCAGAGAGAAGUGAUGCAUUGUCACCUUCCGUUGUCGAAAACCUAGUAGUUCUGGAGGACGAGUCAUAUGAAGCUGACAUUAGAAACUUGUUCCCGAAGAAUAAAGAGAACCAAAAUCAUGGCGAUGAACGUGAUCCUCAUGCUGUGUUCAAUGUACUGGAUAUGGUUCUUGUGGAGACAAUGGAGCGCUUGAAGAAGUUAAGGGAAAGCUUUAGGAUGGUUAGUAGAUGUAGCUUCCACCAAGGAAUGAUGAGUGUUCUUCACAGUGGAUUUAGAUUUGCUUCUGAUGGUGAUGGUGCGCUGAUUAGAAUGUUGUGUAGUUCGGGCAAAAUAAAAGCUGCUCUGGAGUUACAUAGCAAUUUGCUGGGGGGUCAUAUGGUUCCAGAUCUUUACACACAUAAUUUCCUUAUGAAUGGGCUUUGUAAAAUGGGUGACUUGUUAACUGCAACUUUUCUUCUUGAACGGAUGGCUGGAGUUGGUGUUUUUCCCAAUACUGUCACUUAUAAUACACUAAUUGAGGGGUACUGUCGUUGGGACCACCUAGAUAAGGCUCUCGAUCUUGUUUCUUCUAUGUCUCAAAGUGGAAUUAGUCCUGAUAUUGUUACUUGUAAUAUACUUGUUCAUGCUCUCUGCACCAAGGGACUUCAGGAAGAGAUUCAUACUGGGAAACUUGCUGAGAUAUUGGAAGAACAUUUUGAGGAGUCAAAUGUUAUUACGUCAACAAUUCUAAUGGAUGGAUGUUGUAGGCAAGGAGAUAUUAUUCAAGCGCUUGAAGUUUGGAAUGAGAUGUUUGGGAAAGGGAUAAGAAUUGACCGUAUUGCAUUUAAUGUACUCAUAAAUGGAUUUUGUUUGGUACUGGAUAUGAAGGUAGCAUAUAGAUAUUUCUCUGAGAUGUUUAAGAGGGGUUUCCUUCCUGAUGUUGUGACGUUCAAUACUCUUAUAAGCGGCUUUGCUAGAAAAGGAAGCAUACAUGAGGCUUGUGUCAUUCACAAUAGGAUGGAACUUGAUGGUCUGCGACCUGAUGCUAUCUCAUACAAAUUGGUUAUCCAAGCACUUUGUAAACAAGGUAACAUCACUGAAGCCUUCUCAUUCUUACAUAAGAUGUUAAACGAUCACCUGACCCCCGAUCGUCGUACUUGGAAUCUCAUACUUACUAGCUAUGCAAGACAUGGAGAUAUUAGUGGUGCUUAUUCCACUAGAGAUAUGAUGGUGGCAAUGGGUGUGGUUCCAAAUGUGUUCACCUACAAUGCGCUUAUCCAUGCUAAUGUGAAGGCGGGAAACAUAAGACAAGCUCUGUUACUGAAAAAGGAAAUGCUUACUAAUGGAAUCUUUCCUGAUGCAGUUACAUAUAACUUAUUAAUUGAAGCUGCGUUUAAUUCUGAACAUAAUGCUGAUCCUUUGAUCCCUAAAAUAUGGAAGUUUCAGCCCGACAUUUUCACUUACACUAUGUGGAUUGGAGGUCUUUGUCAACAGAGGAGAAUUCGAGAAGCUGGAAUGAUGUUUAACAAGUUGCUGAGAUCUGGUUUGCCUAUAGAUCAUGUGCCAUUUCAAAUUCUUAUAAAGUCUUACUGCAAAAGGGGGAAAGUUAUAGAAGCCUUAGACCUCUAUGAGAAAAUGAUGAGGAAGCAAAUUGUAUGUCAUUUUUCACUCUAUCGCUCAUUAUUUAUAGCAUUGAGGAAAAGCAGAUACUAUGUAGAUGCAAGUGAAGUGCCAUAUGAAUCUUGGCCCAACAUGAAUGCAGGAAUCUCUAAAGCCUGUUGAGUUCAAGGGGGCUGCUGAGAAAUCUGCAAAGAGAAAGAGGAAGAACCAGUACUUAGGCAUUCGUCAGCGUCCAUGGGGAAAAUGGGCUGCAGAGAUCAGGGACCCUUGCAAAGGAGUUCGAGUUUGGCGAGGAACA